AUGUCUACAACAUCCUCAUUACAUUCAAUCUUCUUAGACGAUGAGCUCCCGGCGUAUGAAGAAAUCGCAUUGCCUCCCAAUGUCACUAUCGAAGAGCGAGAGAUUUCCUCCGAUGACGAAGACGACGACGACGACUACGAAUAUUCCUCCGAUCAAUCAGAGCACAAGAGCACCAUCAAGCAAAGCACAAAAACAAUCGCCAGCCUGAAGUCAUUUCUCUCAAGCUCGAUCACGGUCGCUUCGGCCGAGUUUCAGAAGUCCACCAUCACAUUCGACCAAACUGCCACGCCGACUCGUCCCAAGUCAGACCGCAAGCCAUCAUUCAAACUCGCUCCUAUUCAAACGUCAACUCUACAAUCGCGCAGAAUGGCCAUGCGCUCAACACUGCAACCGGAAAACACCCUAUGA